AUGACCCCCCUUUCCUCGUGGGGCCGUGCCCGCUGGCGGCCCCAAUUGAGACUAGCGUUAGCAGCAGCAGCAGCUGCUGCUGCAACAGCAGCAGCAGCAGCUGCUGCUGCUUCUGUAUCAUCCCCUGGUGCAGCAGCAGCCCCUGCUGCUGCAGGCUACCCCGUUGCUGCUGCAGGAGACGGUUUUGCCGCACCCCCAGCUGGCCAUGUAGGGGCCUCCUAUGCGAUCGUUCAUCCUGGGGGCCCCACAGGGGCCCCUAUACACCCGGGGUCGCUCGUACACCCGGGGGUCCCCGUACACCCGGGGAACCCCCCUUAUAUGCUUGGAGAGCAUGCGUUAAGUCGUGCGGUGCCGCCUUCUAGCGAGGGCCUUGGGUUUGAGGCCUAUGGGGGCAUGCUGCAGCAGCAGGAAGGACAACAACAACAACAGCAGCAGCAGCAGCAACAGCAGCAGGAGGGGGAGGAGGCGGGGGAAGAGGUUGAUUGA